CAGUGAGAGAUCCGAAAACGCGGCUGGCAAAAUUGAAGAUGGACUCAACGUUAACCGCACCAUGCAACGCCUCCAUCUUGUACCCCGAAGAUGGCGGGAACAUGCAUCGGUUCACAGCGGAAACAGCGUGUGCGGUUCUAGAUGUGCUUGGCCCUCCUUACAGCAAUCCAGAAGGCAGGCAUUGCACUUAUUUCCUAGAAUUCCCUUUGGAUAAGUUCUCAUCAGAGGAAGACGACGUUUUGAGAGGUCAAGUGGAGAGAGAAUGUCAUGCCUGGCUGCAAGAAAGAGAUGAUAAUCCAGAGGAUCGUAACGUAGUUGGAGCGUUAUACGGAGGUCCAAAGGUUGAGGACUGAGGG